CUGGGCCUGGGCGGGGAGCAACGGCGCUACUCGCUGUGGGACUGCCUCUGGAUCCUGGCCGCCGUGGCCGUGUACUUUGCGGACGUGGGCACGGACAUCUGGCUUGCCGUGGACUACUACUUGCGCGGCCAGCGCUGGUGGUUCGGACUCACGCUCUUCUUCGUGGUGCUUGGCUCGCUCUCAGUGCAAGUGUUCAGCUUCCGCUGGUUUGUGCACGAUUUCAGCACCGAGGACAGCGCCACCGCCGCCGCUGCCGCCUCCAGCUGCUUGCAGCCUGGAGCCGAUUGCAAGACGCUGGUUAGAAGUGGAUCUGCAGCCGCGGAAGGAGAGGUUCGUCCUUCCACGCCUCAAAGGCAAGCAUCCAACGCCAGCAAGAGCAACAUCGCCGCUCCCAACACUGGCAGCAACAGCAGCGGGGCCAGCGGCAAACACAGGUCUGCCUCCUGCUCCUUCUGCAUCUGGCUCCUGCAGUCACUCAUCCACAUCUUGCAGCUCGGGCAAAUCUGGAGAUAUUUCCACACAAUAUACUUAGGUAUUCGAAGCCGACAGAGUGGGGAGAAUGACAGAUGGAGGUUUUACUGGAAAAUGGUGUAUGAGUAUGCAGAUGUGAGUAUGCUGCAUUUGCUAGCCACCUUUCUGGAAAGUGCUCCACAGCUGGUCCUGCAGCUCUGCAUUAUCGUACAGACUCAUAGCUUACAGGCCCUCCAAGGAACAUGCAGUAAUGAAUGGAAGUAGUCAUUGACCUGGAACAAGAUCACUUUGAAC